AAUUAUAUUUCGUUCGUUUCAUUCUUCAGAUAUUACAUUUACCAGGUAGUCCUUUAAACCUACAGGCGACUUUUGCACAAUAUUAAGAGACAGUCAAUUGACUAUUAAACUGAUCCUUAGUUCAUUCAUUCUCCUACCCUUCCCGUUCAUUCCACCAUCAUAGUUGCUCAUUCUUUUUUCGUGCACGGCGACGAGCGCACGCGCCCUUUAGCUCCUCGGCUAAGACAUUAUUACCUACAAAAUGUCGAAGCGCACAGCUAAAGAGAAGUUAAAUUAUUACCGUGAAAAAAUUAAACGACUUGAAGAUCAUAAAAGACGAUACAGGAUCAUUUAUGAUUCGUCUUCAUCGGAAGAUGAGGAUAUUGUAAUGGAACAAAAUCCAGAUGGUUCCAUACCGGCUCAAGAUCCUAUUAUACAGGAACCACAACUAAACAGCGAAAAUCCUGUACCGGAACAUAAUAGUGAUGUACCGAUGUCGAACCAUAAUAACGGGAUUUCUGCGCCUGAAAAUCAGGCAGAUUUGCCCAUGUCGUCAGCUCAACCCGAGCUCGACCCGGAUAUGCUGCUGGCUCUCGGCGAAUCGACCGAGGAUGCACCCGAAUAUGGCGGAAAAAUCCACGAUAAUUUAUCGAAACUUUGGUUACCGUUACUCAAAAAAGGUAUGACGAAUGAUGCCAAAGUUAAAAUCCUAAAAGAUUAUUUGGUUCCCGACAACUGUCGAUUGUUACAAGCACCAAAAUUGAACGUGGAGAUUUCAGCCGCCGUACCCGAUAUGGUCCGGAACCGAGACAAAAAUUUGGCUGCAGCGCAGCAACAACUCGGCCGCGGGAUCGCUGCCGUCAACAGGGCCAUGGAUAUUCUAAUAAAAUGUGUCGAUCCCAGCGGAAUCGAAGCUAUGAAACACCUCAGCAACGGCUGCCGUAUACUAUGUGAUCUGCAUGCGUCAUCUACUCAGAGCCGCAUAAAACUCAUCACACCUAGUCUCGAUAAAACGUUCUUGCAAGUUAUACAAGACACAGAACGUGAUGAUACCUUGUUUGGUAAUAAAUUGUCCGAGAAAAUAAAAGCUGCGAAGACCAUUGAAAAACAAGGUCUUCAAAUCAAGAAAACGUCCCCAAAGAAACCCGCGACAGCACAGCCGUCGACAAGUCGAGCGUCGUACUCGGGAAACUGGUCAGCGCCCCCUCGUUACGCGUCGAACAGGGGGGGGGGGCGGAGAGGUGCUCGCAGGCAGGCGAAUUACACCCGGCGGACGUUUCCAGCUCCACAACCGGCCGAGACAUCCCCCGCGACCAAGACACGUGCCCAGGCACCGUAACGCAGGGACUGCCAUCCCCUACACAAGGGGCUUACCCUGGGGGCCGCCAGGCUCUGCAACAGUCCUUCAGUCGAAGAGGCUCCCCGCCAGAAGCUAUAACACUGAUGUUAGCAUCACUCUCCGACAAAACAAUACAACAAUACGAAGUUACAUAUAAGCUCUGGUGGCAAUUUUGCACCGUUAAUUCUAUUGAAAUUUUAAAUCCUCCGAAAUCGUCUAUAUUGUCUUUUUUAACAGAACAAUUUAACAAAAAUUGUGCAUACGGCACACUGAAUAGUCACCGUUCAGCCUUAUCCUUGUUAUUGGGAGACAAUGUCGGUUCGGACGAUUGCGUGAAACGCCUUCUCAAAGGUGCGUACAAACAAAGACCGAACGGUCCCAAGUAUAACCAUACAUGGGACCCUCAGGUUGUUUUAAACCGUGUCUCUCACUGGUAUCCCAAUACAAGUAUAAGCCUGGAAAAACUGUCGCAAAAAUUAGUGACAUUACUGGCCAUAUGCACAGCGCAUAGAGUUCAAAAUUAGCGCUUAUAAAAAUAGAAAAUAUCGUUAUUUCCACAAACGGUGUCAAAAUUGGAAUUACUGACAUAAUUAAAACAUCAGCUGCCGGACGAGAACAACCCGUUCUCUUCCUUCCAUAUUUUAAAGACAAUGUAUCUAUAUGCCCUGCUACAACUCUCAGAGAUUAUAUUUUUGUAACAAAAAAUAAGAGAGUUGAUGGUAUAGGAAAUUUGUUAUUGACAUACAAACCUCCACAUAGACCUGCAACUUCUCAGACCAUCAGCAGAUGGAUUAAAAAUGUUUUGUCGGACAGUGGCAUUGACAUUACAGUGUUCAGCGCGCACAGUGCGCGCCACGCCGCCACGUCGGCCGCGAGCCGCGCCGGCGUCAGCGUCGACACUAUCCGCCGCACCGCAGGCUGGACCGCGGCGUCUACGUCGUUUGCGCGGUUCUAUAAUAGGCCACUAUCGGAUGAAGGACUCUUUGCAAGAUCUGUUUGUUUGCCGAGUCCAAGUGACAAUACUUAGAUAAUAAGAUUAUCAAUCAUGAUUAGAUGAUUUAUUAAUUUGAAUAAAUGUUAAAAUUACAUGACUGACCAAUAAAGUCAUGCCAAAGAAGAAAAUAAAUACAUAAAUGAUUUGUGUCUAUAUAUAUCUAUAGUUUCAUUCCACCUGAGCAAAACUUUAAGACUCUAAACAUCUACCUGGUAAAUGUAAUAUCUGAAGAAUGAAACGAACGAAAUAUAAUACAUGAUCAAACGAACUUCUCGAGCGAAGUUCGAUCACUAUUAUAUGAGUCGUUUCAUUCGAAGAUAUAAUAACCCUCCCACCCUAAUAAGACCCUAAAUUUUAAAGUUUUGCGUUUCUUUCUCUAAAGAUAAUGAGCAACUAUGAUGGUGGAAUGAACGGGAAGGGUAGGAGAAUGAAUGAACUAAGGAUCAGUUUAAUAGUCAAUUGACUGUCUCUUAAUAUUGUGCAAAAGUCGCCUGUAGGUUUAAAGGACUACCUGGUAAAUGUAAUAUCUGAAGAAUGAAACGACUCAUAUAAUAGUGAU